AUGCACCUUAUCUGCUGGCCAGGCUCGAGGUCUCGUUUUAGGCUCUCUUUCACUCCGGAAAGCGAUCGAAGGUUCUGCCAUUUACUUCAGAUGUCACUGCGCCACGCACCAGGAACCUUCAAAGCUUUUGGAGCUUCUCGACCGACGACUCCUAGCUCAGCGUCAUGUAACGGCACGGGAGGCAGUAGCGCUGCGGUAGCGUGCUCGAGAAGCAAGAUAAACUUCGCCGUGGGUAGCUGGCUGCUGUUCCUGCGUGGCUUCGUGCUGCUACUCGUUCUACUAGCAGUCGUAGUUGGAAUCGGCUUAUACAACCCGCUAGGGCGCGGCUUCUCUCUCGCGCCAUGCAGCAACGCGUGGUCACUUAAAGCUCAUCGAAGCCUACGAGACAUGGCCGUGCCGCAGGUUGCCGCUGCUUCCGAGGGGGAUGAAGCAGCGGCCGAUAAUGACGUCAACACGGCGGAUGACUCGCUUCCUUCAGACCUUGACUCCAAUUCAAUGGCCGCCACAAGGCUAUCCUUUAAAUCUUCGAGAGUGCGCGCAGCGGCGGAGGCGGCGGCGGCGGUGAACGUGGCGUUUGGGCGGCGGUUGCGCGUGUACGUGUACGACCUGCCGCGGGAGUUUAACUACGGCAUGGUGGAACUCUUUUCUCGCAACCGAAACAUCGCCAUUCCUGACGGCGUCGACCCUCCCCCUGGCGAGUGGUGGCUACUGCGAGACCUCCUCAAACCAGAGCACGAGCGGCGCAACUCCCCGGCGGUGCGGGUGACGGACCCGGCGGACGCGGACGUGUUCUUCGUGCCCGUCUUCUCGUCGCUCAGCCUCGUCGUGAACCCGCUGGGGCUCGUGCGCAACUACCAGCUGCGCGCCGAUGCGUGGGACGACAAGGCCAUGCAGGAGCGCCUCAUGGACUGGCUCGAGCUCCAGGAGCCGUGGCGCAGGAGCCGCGGCCGCGACCACGUCAUCCCCGCGCAGGUACGUGCGCCCGUGGUGCCGUGCGCCCAGAGGCUCGUGAUCUGGCUCCCCUUGUUCAACGUCCCGUUUUCUACCCGGGCAGCACCGCAUUUUCCUCGCUCAACCCCCGUCCCCCAUUUCCGCGGUUCCAUCCCCUCUCUCCGGACUUCUCUCCCCUUUCCUCCCCUCUUCCACGCACCGCCACCCACCAUCACCCUCCGCCAUCGCUGGCAGGACCCGAACUCGCUGUUCACGGUGCUGACGCGGCUGCGGCGGGCGAUGCUGCUGGUGUCGGACUUUGGGCGCGUGGCGGCGUGGCAGGCGAACCUGAUGAAGGACGUGGUGGUGCCGUACGUGCACCGCGUGUCCACCUACUCGCCCAAGGACGAGGACGACGACCGCCGCAGGGGAGUGUACGGCAACCGCACCACGCUAUUGUUCUUCAUGGGGAAUAGAUACAGGAAGGACGGAGGGGCGGUGCGAGACGCGCUGUUCAAGUCGCUGGAGCAGGAGAAGGACAUGAUACUCAGAGAGGGCACACCCACUGUGGAGGGCCGACGAGCCACACGUGCGGGCAUGCGCACGUCGCAGUUCUGCCUGCACCCAGCGGGGGACACUCCCUCUGCAUGCCGCAUGUUUGACGCGAUUGUGAACCUGUGCGUGCCCGUGGUGGUGAGCGACGACAUCGAGCUGCCCUUUGAAGACGUGCUCGACUACCGGGAGUUUGCGGUGUUUGUACCGACGGUGAAGGCGGUGAGGAAGGGGUACCUGGGCAAGCUGCUGAGGAGUCGCAAGAUGCAGAGCCGCCUGCCAGCCAUGCAGCAGAGGCUGCGAGAGGUGCGGCAUUUCUUUGAGUGGGACGCAGAGGACGGCACAGUGAACCAGGUGUGGCGGCGAGUGGCGGCCAAGCUGCCAGCCAUCCGCGAGAUGAUCCACAGGGAGAGGCGCAUGGUGCGCGGGGGCCUCAGCAACUGCUCAAUGGUUUGCACGGCUCGCAGCGUUAACUCCCACAAGGCCAGCACAGGCAGCACCAGCCCUGGCGGCAGCGAGAAGAGCACUGGCAGCAGCAACGGUUCUGAGGCCAUGGCUUCUGUGUCGGCUCCUGCCGUUUCUCUGCCUGCGGCAACGUUGUCAACUCCGUCCGCACCGUCAUCUGGUGAUGCUGUGGGUUCUGCGUCCGCCUCCACCCCGUCGGUCUCCGCCUCCUCGGAUUCCCUGCUCUCGUCGUCCCUAAUGAAGGAGCGGGUAUCGUCAGCAUCAGAUUUGAAAGCGUCGGGAGGGCUGGCAGGAUCGGAAGCGCUAGAAACACCAGGAGAUUCAGAAGGGGCGGCAGAGGCGUUGGAUGCGUCGGCGCGUGCAGCUGAAGCAGAAUCUGAGACGGAAUUCAAUCGGGGUUUAGAAUCAGAACUAGAAUCCGAGGCUACUUUGAGAUCUGAAUCGACCUUGAAUACAGAACCAGAGUCGGAUCGAGAUCUGGAAGCUGACUCUGCGGCAUCGCCUGAUUCGGACUCAGCAUCUGAUAGCAGUCAAGGCGACAGUGCUGAGGAUGGUGGUGGGGAUGGUGGAGGGGAAGGUGGUGUGGAUGCUGGUGGGGAUGCCAGUGAGGACAGCAGUGCUGUGGAGGAGGAAUAG